ACAGUAUAUUGUGUUUACGUUACACACUAUUUUUCUUGAUUUCAAAGAAAAGACAAACAUAAUAUAAUAAAGCAGAAAAUGGCCGAAAAUGUAAAUAUUGAUCUGUCAGGGGAAAUUAAUGCUACUACAGAAAAGAAAGGAUUACAAAAGUAUGUGAAUGAAAUGGAAUUAUUGAUUCAACAUGUCCGGAGUGGUGCAGGCCCUGCCUUGGUAAUGGGAGUGUUAUCUUCACGCAGAGCUUGGACACAAUUUGUUGCCACUGAGAAUUUCAAAGUCCCAGCCUCCCUGCCAAGAUUAUCACGAAGAUUUUAUCGUAAUGUCGAAUAUUUUCAGGCGAAUUACCUUAUUGUGUUUUUGGGAUUAUUUGCUUAUUGUUUAAUAACCUCACCAUUACUUUUGAUUGCCAUGGUAGCGAGCUUCUUUGGAUACCGGAAACUUACCUCAGGACCUAACACUUGGAAGAUUGGUGGUUGGGAACUGAGUAAGACUCAACAGUAUGGAGUAGCAGCGGCUGGAUCUAUGGCACUUUGUUGGUUGGCAGGCGCCGGGGCGGUCCUCUUUUGGGUGUUAGGGGCUACCGUUACCGUGGUUGCUCUGCACGCAAGCUUCUUUGACGCUGAAACCUUACCGAGUUCCGAUCUUGAACAGUUUCCAAUGGUGGAGCAAGUGUGACACGGCCACCUGCCGCUCUUCCUACCGCCGCCCGCCAAUUUCCCCCACCAAGGAAGUGCAAAUUGGCAACAAGCGAGCCGAACUCUUAUCGAAAGCGAUAUUAUUAAUUAAUAUGUAGUUAAUACGUAUAACAUAAGUACUUAUAAUAAAAUGUAAUUUUUGCAAAUAUUUUAUUAUAUAGAUAUAAAAGGAAUAGAUCAUUUGACAUUAUAUUAAUAAUUAAAAUGUUAUUUUUUAGUCAUUCGUAUUUCAAAAAUUAUACUAGCACAAUUAUGUGCGAGUAUUAAAACGUUGCGGUCAUUUUAUAUAGCAGUGUUGCCUGUUAUUAUAUUUAGUAAAAUUUAUACUAAAAAAUGUCUAGUUUAGAGUUGAUUGUAAGUGUAACCGAAUAAUUAUUCGUCUCCUAAUUAUAAUUGAUGCUAGCUACUAAAUAUUACAAACAACUUGAAAGCUUAAAGGAGAGUGAAAUUAUUUGUCAAUUUAAUUGAUCCCGAAUUGACCUAAUUUUUGCCAAAGCACAAAAAUAAAUAUUGUCUGUUAUAAUGUAAAUAUAGGUAAUUAAUUAAGCUUCAAAUUAUUUAUUCUUAACAUAAUUUCGAAACAUGUAAUUUACACUCGCAAUAUAUUAUGUACAUUAUCUAUAUU